AUGCGUCUUCUGGCGCUUCUCCCCGUCCUACUUGGACUCAUAUCCAGCCAUUUUGUCUCUGCAGCAGAUAAUGGCAAGACUACUGAUGUAACAUGGGAUAACCACAGCCUCUCAGUCAAGGGAGAGAGGGUGUAUGUUUUCUCCGGUGAAUUCCAUUACCAGCGACUCCCUGUGCCGGAGCUAUGGCUCGACGUGUUUCAGAAGCUACGCGCAAACGGGUUUAAUGCAAUUUCUAUCUACUUCUUCUGGAGUUUCCACUCCGCUUCCGAGGAUACUUUCGACUUCGAGAACGGCGCCCAUGACGUCCAACGCGUUUUUGACUAUGCCAAGCAGGCAGGUCUGUAUGUGAUCGCGCGCGCGGGGCCUUACUGUAAUGCCGAGACCUCUGCUGGUGGGUUUGCAUUGUGGGCAUCGAACGGUCAAAUGGGCAGCACGCGCACCAGCGCAAGCUCUUACUAUGACCGAUGGUAUCCGUGGAUCCAGAAGAUCGGAAGGAUUAUCGCCGCAAACCAGAUCACAAAUGGCGGCCCAGUCAUUCUCAAUCAGCAUGAGAAUGAGUUGCAGGAGAUGACUCAUAGUGCCGAUAACACCGUUGUCAAGUACAUGGAACAAAUCAAAGCCGCCUUUGCUGAGGCUGGUAUCGUUGUCCCGAGUACCCACAACGAGAAGGGAAUGCGCUCUAUGAGCUGGUCAACGGACUACCAGGACGUGGGCGGUGCCGUCAACAUCUAUGGUCUGGACUCGUAUCCUGGUGGUCUGUCCUGCACCAACCCAAACACUGGGUUCAAUCUUGUUCGCACUUAUUACCAGUGGUUCCAGAAUUAUUCGAGUUCUCAGCCUGAGUACCUGCCAGAGUUUGAGGGCGGUUGGUUCUCCGCCUGGGGAGGGACUUUCUACGACCAAUGUUCUACCGAGCUUUCGCCUGAGUUCCCUGACGUUUACUAUAAGAAUAACAUCGGUCAACGAGUCACGCUGCAGAAUCUCUAUAUGGUGAUGGGGGCCACCUCUUGGGGACAGAGUCCUGCUCCGGUUGUCUACACUUCUUAUGACUACUCUGCGCCCAUGAGAGAGACCCGUGAGAUUCGGGACAAGCUCAAGCAGACCAAGUUGAUUGGUCUGUUUACUCGUGUGUCAUCCGGACUUCUGCAUACGCAAAUGGAAGGUAAUGGAACUGGGUACACUAGUGAUGCUAGUAUAUAUACCUGGGCCCUGCGAAACACAGAAACCCAUGCUGGUUUCUAUGUUCUCGCGCACUCUACUAGCUCGUCUCGUGCUGUGACUACUACUUCGCUCAAUGUCAACACCUCUGCUGGGGCCCUCACAAUCCCCGAUAUUGAGUUGGCCGGCCGCCAGAGCAAAAUUAUAGUCACUGACUACCAAAUCGGCGAUGGCUCGAGCUUGCUUUAUUCGUCCGCCGAGGUUUUGACCUAUGCUACCCUCGAUGUAGAUGUCAUUGUCUUCUAUCUGAAUAUCGGACAGAAGGGAGAGUUUGUUUUCAAAGACGCACCGACCCAUCUGACUUUCAAGACGUAUGGUAAUUCGAAAGUGAGCUCCGCCGCAUCGGAUCAUGGCACCAAAUACACAUACACUCAAGGGGAUGGCACAACAGUGCUGAAAUUUUCACACGGCGUACUGGUAUAUCUACUGGAUAAAGAGACGGCGUGGAACUUCUUUGCAGUGCCAACUACUUCCAAUCCGCUUGUGGCUCCCAGUGAGCAGAUCGUCGCCCUCGGACCAUACCUCGUUCGCACAGCAACUGUCAGUGGACAUACCGUCAGUCUUGUUGGUGAUAACGCAAACACAACAUCUAUUGAGGUCUACACUGGCAACUCCAUGGUCACCAAAAUUAAGUGGAAUGGCAAAGAGAUUUCAACCAAGAAGACAGCCUACGGCAGUUUGAUCGGAUCUGUCCCAGGAGCCGAACACGCAAAGGUAUCGCUGCCAACUCUGAAAUCAUGGAAAGCGCAAGAUACACUUCCAGAAAUCAAGCCCGACUACGACGAUUCUCGCUGGACUGUCUGCAACAAAACGAAAUCAGUCAACCCCGUAGCACCACUCACACUUCCCGUGCUUUACUCUGGCGACUACGGCUACCAUGUCGGGACGAAAAUAUAUCGUGGACGGUUCGACGGCACGACCGCGACGGGGGCAAAUCUCACUGUCCAGAACGGCGUAGCCGCUGGCUGGGCCGCGUGGCUAAACGGAGUCUACGUUGGCGGAGCUAUUGGCGAUCCCGCCCUAGCAGCGACCUCGGCCGAGCUACUAUUCAACAGAUCUACGCUCCGCAACAAAGACAAUGUCCUGACCGUUGUCAUGGAUUACACAGGCCACGACGAGGAAAAUGUGAAACCGAACGGCGCCCAAAACCCGCGCGGUAUACUGGGCGCUACGCUUCUUGGCGGGGAUUUCACGUCCUGGCGCAUCCAAGGCAAUGCUGGCGGCGAAACCAACAUCGACCCCGUCCGAGGACCCAUGAACGAAGGAGGUCUGUAUGGAGAACGUCUUGGCUGGCAUCUUCCAGGAUAUAAACCAUCCAAGACCGCAACUUCAGACAGUCCUCUGGAAGGUGUAUCUGGCGCCGCAGGCCGAUUCUACACAACAACGUUCAAGCUGGAUCUAGACUCCGACCUGGACGUUCCGAUUGGCUUGCAGCUUGCAUCUGAUUCCCCCGCAGUAGUGCAGAUCUUCAUGAAUGGGUACCAGUUCGGUCAUUACCUGCCACACAUCGGACCCCAGACUAGGUUUCCGUUUCCCCCGGGGGUGAUCAAUAACCGCGGGAAGAAUACGUUGGCGAUCAGUCUGUGGGCACUGACGGAGCAGGGAGCGAAAUUGAGUCAGGUGGAGCUGGUUGCAUAUGGGGCCUAUCGCACUGGUUUCAACUUCAAUCACGAUUGGUCCUACCUGCAGCCACAGUGGAAGAACAACCGGGGACCAUAUGUGUAG